AGAAUUGUCGUGAUGUUUACAUUCACAUGGCGGGUAGAAGAAAUGAUUAUUUCUAAGAUAAAUUAAUGAAAAUAUUUUGCAAGUAACAUGUUUGGCGAUAGUUUAAUUAGCCAAUAUGUCGUCAGAAUUAGUAGUCAAUUCUGUAAGACAGUUUUUAGCGUCUCAUUUCAUGUUAGUCGAGGAUGAGUGGCUGACAGGAUGUGUGGAGUAUUUGACUGAAGAUAGCAGUAACAAUUACAGUAUCAAUGAAAUACAAAACCUGGCUAAAGAACAGUGGUUACUGAAUGACUUGAAAGACAUUUGCCCAGGCAGCUUACCGCCCAACUUGAGAAAUGUACAGAAGACAGUGUUAAAUGGAAAGUUUGCGCUACAGAUCAAUGCAGCUGUUGAUAUAGGUACGCCGGCUUAUCAACAAUAUUUGAAGCUGCAGAAAGUGAACCUGGAGAACAUUGAUGCCACUACAAAGUUUGAGGAUAAAGUGCCAAGUCAUAGAAUGAUAAAGUUAUUCCUCACAGAUGGCGUUCAAGAGGUGUCUGCUAUUGAAUACAAACCCAUGAGAAAUUUGAGCUGCGAUGUAACGCCUGGUUGCAAGAUGUAUAUAAAAGGGCCAGUGGAAUGUCGGCGCGGUGUCAUCCUGCUCACAGAGAGUGCUAUAGAGCUGUUAGGAGGCGAGGUCCAGGAAAUCGCCAUCUCCAACUCUCUGGCAGGGCUUCUGUCUUCCAAGUUAGGGCUUCCAAUCUCUCAGGAACCAGCACACAACACAACAAUAAGAAACACCAAUAUCCCCACCCCACACUCCGAUGUUCCACCUAGAUUGGAACACCACGAGUUAACUGAACCUUCUAGACCAGUAGCGAGAGUCACCAGCCUCCAAAUAGCCAACAACUUUGCUGAUGAUGAAAUAGACAUUGAUCAAUUAGCAGCAAUAGAAGCUCAAUAUACCGAAAACACAGCGAAAAGACCCCUCAGUGUUGCCAGUACUAACCCAGAAAAGAAAAUGAGAAUUGAAACAGUAAACAAAUCAGAUGACUAUCCGGACGAUGCUGACAUAUUUUUCGACGAAGACGAAGAUUAUUUGAGGGUACUCGAAGAAAAAAUUGAUGCUAAAGAUCGUGAAAUUAAUGCGACUUCAAGUGAAGGUCCAAUAUCAGUGCCAGCUGAGCCUUUCGUUUAUAUUAAACAAAUUAACGAUAUGAAUGCAACAGAAAAAACUGGGAAAGUUUUUAAAGUAAAAGCGCAGAUAAUAAAAUUGCUCUCAAAGUUAUCAGUCGGUAAAGAAGGUUGGAGUUUGCGGUGUAGUAUUGUAGAUGGCACUGGGAGUAUAGAUGUGGAUUUUACUAGUGAUGUGCUAUCCAAAGUGGUCGGGUUGACGCCGCAAGAGAUGCAUAGCAUCAAGAAACAGAUGGCUACUAACCCUGAAAUGAAGGAAAAAGCUGUUUCGGCCCUACAAAAAGCUAAGGACACAUUGCAAGUACUACACUGUAUUAUAGAGCUAACAAUAUUAGAAGUGCCCAAGAUAACGUCUUUAGAACCUUACAGUGAUAGACACGUAGAAAUAUUGAAGAAAAGAAUCCAAUGCACUGGGUUAUAGCAAAAAAUUGUUUGCUUAUAACUUUAUAAAAAACUGGUCUUUUUAUUUCUCAUCUUCGCAUUGUCAAAAUUGUGGCUUCGGGAUCCGCCUUCCGACCAAAAUAAGAGCAGAUAAAGCUAAAGAAAUUGAACCCUCAAAAUGAGUGGUCAUGGUCAUUCCUUGGUUGGUGAUCAAUUUAUAUUCUCACUGAUAUUUAACAAUAUGGUGAAGUGGUUUCUUCGAAUAAACAAGGUCACAAAAGUUAUGUAAAGCUGUAAUGACCUUAUCAUAACUGAAAUUCCAGAAUAAUUACUUUUGUAUCAAUGUCUAAAGUACCCUCAGAGUCUGUGUAUGCUGUAAAUAUUACACUUUUUAUUUAUGUAUAAAUAUGUUGCAAAUAUUUAUCUAUAUUUAGUUGAAAUGUUGGAAUUUAUUAAAAAUUUCCUUUAAAGUAGGUAUAUGUAUACAAAAAGAACAAUAAAAACACAA